AUGGCUCGAGGACACAUCCGCCAUGCCAAUUUCGGGUUUCGAAGCCCAUUCCAGCUCUGGAAUCUGUCUGCUUGCUCCUUAAUAUUCUCCCCUCUCAUGUCGAUUGCAAAAACAACAGGCGGUGCCCUCGCACCGGUAACCCUUCACUCCGAAGUAGCGUACUCCACAGCAAGGGGGUGUGCAGCUAACUGCCUUGUACACAACGGUAUAUGGCAGUGUGGUGUUAACGCCGGAUACCAAGAUCUGGGAGUGGCUCUUCAAUGUGGCUGCCAGUCAAUUAAUGGCUGCUAUUGCAACACGGCCCUUGGUAGCUCGGCAACUUCCUACAUCUCCUCAUGCGUCAGCAAGGGGUGCAGCAAAGUCAAUGACUGGUCAGUCGAUCUGACGAGCAUGCUCAACCUGUACGACUCGUACUGUGCAACCGCAAAUGUAGCAGUGGUUGAAGCGCAGGCGACAACAACGGUUGGCGGAUUAGCCUCUUCUCCGACAGUGGAAAACGCUGCAAAAUCGUCGGAUGUCGGAACGCCAACACAGACUUUAGGCUCUAUUGUAAGCGGAACGACUUCCGCCAAUACCCUGCAGACAUCGGCGGCAGGAGACACUGGGUUGAACAAAUCGGAUAUAGUAGCAUUGGCUGCAAGCUUGGGUGUCGGAAUACCAAGCCUGUUGAUCGCAGCUUUGACUCUCUACUUUCAGAUUAGAAAGAAACGCAGAGAUGCCGCUAUAUCGCAAACUCCUGCCGAGAUGGCAGCACAACAAAAUGCAUACGGCGUG